AUGUGGAGCAAACACACAAGAAUUGGGAGAUACCAUCCCGCCAGCAACGGGAUGUUAGAGCUUAUGCACUGUACGCUGAAAGCUGCUUUGGCCUGUCAUGCAGAGUCAUGGAUGACAAUACUACCAUCAGUACUUCUAGGCCUCCACACAGUACUUAAAGAAGACUUAGGAUGUUGCUUUGUCCAAUUAGACUAUGGAGACCAACUGAAAAUACCAGGUGCAGUUUUCUCGCAUUCCUCCCAUUACAGUCUAUCAGUUCAGACAUAUGCCAUAUUUUUACGUGAAGACUUGUCCAAAUACGAGUUUGUGUGCAUAAAAGAUGACACUGCUAGACCUCCUCUUUCCCCUCCAUUUAUGGAAAAGAUCACUGACAGUGCUGACCAAACAUUUGUAGUUGAAAAAAAAAAUGUCAAACAUGAAACAAUGUCAGGUGCCUGA